CACUUCCGUAGAAUACAUUAUUAAAUGCGUUUAAUGCGUUAUGCCUAACAGGGAAGUCCUCUCCUCCUCGCGUUCACCUUAUUGCCCCAAAACAUUAUUCGGCCGCGACAUUUUUAUUUUCCUUUGCUAAACUUUUAAGAAAUAGCCUAUUAGUCAACAGGCUAUGCUGUUGUAGAUGGAUUGACGUUACAACUGUACGAUAUACAUAUUCAGCUGUCUUCACAUGAGUGAAGGAAGACGGAGAGAAGAAACGGAACGGAAUUAUAGCUAAACUCUUUUGAAAUGUUUAUAGCUGACUUUUAUUGAGUUUGUGAACGGAGUGAAGAGCAGGAGGUUCCCACUAACACUGGACAGGAUGAGAGUGUCCUCAUAGAGCUGCCUUUGUGCUGCUGCCUUUCCUAAAGUCUUCAAAAGAGUCCUUGUCUUAACACUGGUCAGUGAGUCAGAAAGCGCAGUAAAAAGCUCUGCUUCACCAUGGCACAGUGGACGCAGAUGAAACAGCUGAUCCCCUAUCUGGCCACACAGACCCUCAACGAGCUCUACUCCCCCUCCUUUCCCAUGGACGUCAGGUGCUACCUGGCCAACUGGAUCGAGGAGCAGAGAUGGGAGGACUUUGAACCAGAGAAGGUAGACCAGGAGCCCCAGGCUCUGACCCUGCUCGAUCAGAUCAUAUCCUGCCUACAGAAUCUAGCCGGGCAGAACCCCAACGUGGUGGAGAGGAUGAGGCUGCAGCAUAUCUCCAGGAACAUGAAUAUGUUCCGCUCCCAACCUUUCCAGCUGGUACUCACAGUCAGGGAUGUCCUGAGGAAGGAGAGAGAGCUGCUCAGUCAAGCGUCUACCCAGAUCCCGGCCCUAGCCCUCUUCUCUCAACCCCCAGCCCAGGAUUCCAUGGCUGCAGCCCCCCCCACCAGAGACGUGGACCUGCUUGUGCUCAAGGUGCUUGAGAUCCAGGACUGCAGACAGCAGAUCCACCAGCUGCAGGAGGAGCUCAACUGGGAGAGGCAGAACUAUGAGUCCAUGCAGGGCACUCUCCAGCAGACCCAGACCAAUGGGAUGGACUCCAGCAUUUCAGAAGUCACCAAACUCCAGACUAACAUCAAACAGCAUGAGUACAAUGGCCAAGUCAUAGCCAAGAAGCGUGUCCAGCUGCUCCAGGAGGCAGUGUCUAGUCUGGAGAAGUGUCAGUCUCGUCUGAUCAGCAGGAUCAAAGCCUGGAGGUGGGAACAGCAUCAAGCUACUAUUGGACACCCCUUCGAUGACAACCUCAGCCCUCUGCAGACGUGGUGUGAACAACUCCUGGGGGUGAACGGGAAGUUGAGACAGGAAGUGAUGCUGGCCGGGGAACCAAUCCCAGAGCUGCAAGAGAGACUGGGACGUCUGCUGCAAACUCUAAUCCAGAGCUCCCUGAUGGUGGACAAGCAGCCUCCCCAGGUGAUUAAGACCCAGUCUAAGUUCUCCACCACGGUGCGCUACCUGCUGGGGGAGAAGGUGGCACCCGGGAAACCAGUCCUCUUCAAGGCCCAGAUCAUCACUGAGGCCCAGGCUAGGAACCUCGGACAGCUGGGCAGCGUACCCAGUGAGAAUGUUGGAGAGUUGAUCAAUAACACAGCCAUUUUGGAACACAACACUUCCAGCAAGAGUACAUGUGCCACCUUCAGGAACAUGUCUAUAAAGAAGAUCAAGCGAGCAGACAGAAAGGGGUCAGAGUCUGUUACAGAGGAGAAGUUUGCGCUCUUCUUCACCACAGAGAUCAGCAUCACUGGCUGUGACAUUCCCUACAGAAUACAGAUGAUCUCUGUGCCGGUGGUGGUGAUCGUUCACGGUAGUCAGGAUAACAAUGCCCUAGCAACCAUCAUCUGGGACUGUGCCUUUUCUGAACCGGAAAGGAUUCCGUUUUUGGUUCCGGAACGCGUUCCCUGGAAGCAGAUGUGCAGGACCCUGAACAGUAAGUUCAUGUCGGAGGUCGGAACGCAGCGUUGCCUAGACAACUACAACCAACACUUCCUGGCCCAAAAGAUCUUCGACAAGCCAGACAUCGCUGGAGACUACAGCAACAUGCUGGUAUCCUGGGCACAGUUCAACAAGGAGGUGCUCCCUGGACGACCUUUCACCUUUUGGCAGUGGUUUGAUGGUGUGAUAGAGCUUACCAAGAAGCACCUGAAGAGCUACUGGAGUGACGGGUUGAUAUUUGGUUUCAUCGGUAAGCAGCACCUCCACCUGAUUCUGAAGGACCGGCCCAACGGGACCUUCUUACUGCGCUUCAGCGACUCUGAGAUAGGAGGCAUCACCAUCGCAUACGUGGCUCCAUCAGAGAACGGGGGCCAGAAGAUCCAGAAUAUUCAACCGUCCACCAAGAGAGACUUGGAGAUCCGUUCCCUUGGUGACCGUAUUCAAGACAUCGACUUCAUCACACACGUGUAUCCAGAUCUGCCGAAGAAUGACGUGUUCAGAAAAUACUACACAGAUAACCCGUUACCUCGGGAUACCACCUCGGGAUACCUCGUAGUCUCCAUCCAGACCAAAGUAGGAGUGGAAGCCCACUGUGACUCUCCUCAGCGCAGUGAGACCCCACAUGAGAACAAUUCCUCUUUCUAUUCCAUGGACCAGGGGAAUGGAGCCAGUGCAUCACCAUUCUACUCUCUCUCUCCGAACAACCAGUUCCAAACCCCCUUCCAGCUGGCCCCAGUACCCCUACAGGGGGGAAUGUACUCUGACCCCCUCUCCAAUCCCAAUGGACUCUUCCCUGGCCCGGACAUGUGAGUGACACCACACUCGAAGAGGGGAUAUAGAGUGCUUUCAAAAAGUCCCAGGGUCCGACUACUGAGAUGGAGCUAGAGGAGAUUCUGAACACACUCUCGGAGUAGGAGAAGGAGGAGGAGGAGUAGGAAGAAGUGAGGAAGAGGACGAGGGGGGAAUGUAAGAGGAGGAAGAGCCCAGUGAAGACAGUUUCUCAUCACUCUGAUCUAACAAAGUGGAUAUUCGUCAAAUCAGUCUUGAGUUAUGUAUUGUAACAGGCCCAUAAUGUGCUUACUUAAGUCCGAUUUUGAUGUAUUUGGCUGUUCCCUUACAAAAAAAGAUUGCAGUUUUGAAACUGCAGUGAAAGUGCAUGAACUGCAGUCGACUGUGGUAUUUUAGAAACAUAAUUGUAGAAUAACUGCAAUUACUCUAACUGCAGUUACACUGCAAAAUUACAGCAGUAAAAAAAACGGUGUUUGUUGCAUACUGCAGUUAUACUGCACUCUGACUGCAAUCUUUUUCGUAAUAAUUUUUGCUGCAUAACAUGUAGAAGUUGUCCCUUUUCAGGUUUAGAAGAAGUGACUGCUAAAUGCUAACUCCCAUUUGUAUAAGAUGGUUAGCAUAACUAGCAUACAGAAAUCGGUGGUAGUAAUUUUUUAACUGUAAUUCAGUUGGAUUGGUAAUGAUGACAUGAACAUGUGAUGCGGUUGACAUCUAUACAAGCAUUAUACUCCGAUUUUUACCUCAACAUAGUGUGAAAUACGCUUAUAAACAUUAGCCUAAAUGAAAGCUAAUUUUGCUGGGGGGCAAUGAGGAGAAUCGGGAUCUUUCCCCCACGCGUUUUCAUGCCAAUUCCAUUGUUUUAGUCGAGUUUGAUUGACCUAUUUACUGCAUCUAUAGUCCCAGUCGGUAUUAGAACGUUGCGCCCCCUGCCCGCCUGUGGGGAAAAUAACCUGGGGUUACCUAGGUUACCCCGUUGGUUCACAGCAAAACCUCAACCUUUUUCAAAUGCAAUUUUCUUGUUGUCUGCUUAUUUUAGUCAAUUACAAAACUACAUUUAAGACAAGUAAAACAUGUUUAAAGAUUACUUUUCAACAUUGCCUGCUCCCGAGGGUUCUCAAUACUUAGCUCUAAUAUUGUAGACCUUCUCUCAUGCCCCUUUUCAUGACAGAUUAUACUAAAUAAGUUAAAUGUCUUACCUGUGAUGUAAUGUUUUCCAUACACAUAGCUAUGUGUAGCCUACUUGGACACCGGGUGCCCACAUUUCCCACUCUCCCACAGCAAAAAUCCUGAAGCCACAGGGCUCUUCUCGCAGGCUCUAUUUCCCUACGUGGGAGCAUUGCAAACCAUAGGUUGGGAUUUUUUUACCUGGUUACAUGUACAUUGAACAACACGGCAGCUUUUCGGCAUGUUUUGUUAUUUAUGUAUAACAAAAAAUUGACAACGAAGUUAGCUCUUUUAUAAUGGGGUGGGUUAAUGGGAAACAAUGUUUGUAUUCUCCAAUUUGUGGCCGUGGUCAAGGGGAAUUUCUUCUUAUGACGUGAAUAUCGACUCAGAGUAUUGAGAGAGACGAGAUGUUCUCAGAGACAUAGAGACACUCCUUUCUCCUAGUUCAGUGGUUCCCAUUCUCAACUUUUUCCUUGCUGAGGCCCACCAGAUCUGGGAACCACUGCCCUAGUUUAUAAUAUAGAAGUGUGUUAAAAGCCAUUGAUUCAUCUAUUUAGAAAAACUCUUGCAAAGGCUGCGGCCUGGCAUUUUGGCACCCAGAACCAAAUCUCGCAUGCGCGUUGGUCUGUUUCGUCUUGUCACGAGUCUGUCUUCUUUGGGAUAAAGGAUAUGAGACUGAUGGAUGUACACUAAGGGAAGACUACCACAUUAUGCAGACAACAUAAAUAGUAUAGUAUAGCCAAGACAAUGACCAUAUGAGUCAGCAAUAUACCAGCACAAACAUAUAUGGAACCAGGCUACUUACAGUAUGAGACUGAGAACAAACUUCUAGGCUUUCUAACACAAUGGAAUAAACCAGAUCACAGCCAUAUUAAGUACAUGUUGGGUGUUCAUACAGUACUUACAUACAUAUUUUCUAUUCAGUAAACUUUGUUUCCAUUUAAAGGAGUAUUUCAGAAACACCAUUUGCACAUAUGUAGACACUUAUGGGGCUGGAUAUAAUGAAUAUGAGGUUAGAAAUAGGUGAAGUGUUUCUUUAAUACACCGGCAUCAUUAUUUGCUGUCAAUAUGAUAGUUCACUAUGUAGUAGUUUGAUGAUUUACCAUUGUUUGCUUGUAUGUACAAAUUAUACAUUCCUCAUAUCCUAGUAGAUUACAAGGGGACUUCCACACUUUCAGACCCCCCACAAAAAAUAAUUUUUAUUCUGUUUGUAUCUCCAAUGCUUAAAAUGAAAAUAUCUUUCCAUUUUUAAGUUUUCUUUUUAUUGUAAAUAACUUAGUUUUACCUGGUUUUAAUGUCCGUAAGUGUGAUAUUAAAUCAUUGAUUGUUGGAUGAGGAGAUUAAAUAUAGUUGUUUCAGAUGAGUAGACACGAAUAUAGGUUGCUAUUAUGAUAGUAUAUGUAUUAUACAAAACAACAUUUUUCUAUUCAAUGCUUUGUUAUUUCUCUGUCAUUUUUACUACGUUAUGAUCUUUAAAUGACCAGGAGCCGCUUUUAUUAUCUCUAAGGGAAUGUCAUACUCCAUGAUACAUUCUGUCUUAUUCUCAACUAUGAAAAGGUAUCUUGAUAUUUUGCUCAAACAUGUAUUCGGAAGCAUUCUCUCUUCUUUUUGAAAUUUGUUGUGAGCAAAUUAAGUGGGUGUGCACUAUAAUCAGAAUGCUUCACAAGUCAUAAUUAUUCAUAGUUCCACAAUAAAUGUAUUUCCUGUAAAUCCCAUGGCUAUAUAAACCAACCCACCUUCACUCAGAUUUAUUUUCCUUUGAACUAUUAAAGAGUUGUCAUAAACUGUCA